AUGUUCAUGCAACACAUCAAGUCAACUCCGCGUGAGGCACUCAACUGGCGCCUUGCUUUUGCCAUGUCCGUCUUUGGAUUUCUCGGAAUGUCUCGCGGCUCAGACGAGGGCAUUAUCUCUGGCAUACAAGAGUCCCUUGCAUGGAGGCGCACCUAUGGCAUCGAGGCCGGCAGCUCGACCGAGUCCAAUGUCGUGUCCAUGGUUCAGAUUGGGUGCGUUCCCGGCUCGCUCCUCGCUUUUCUCGUCGUCGACUCGCUCGGCCGCGUCCGGACGGCACAGAUCUGCUGCAGCCUCUGGCUCCUCGGAAACACGCUGUGGAUCUCGUCGGCGGGAAACGUCGGCUUGAUGUACGCUGCGCGCUUCAUUUCAGGUGUUGGCAUCGGCGGCUUUCCUGUCGUGUGUCCUACUUUUCUGGCAGAAAUUGCGCCAAGGACGGUGAGAGGAUUGGCGGUCUGCCUCUUCUCAAUGUCUGUUUACAUCGGUAUCACCCUCGGCUACUUUAGCAACCUGGGUACCUCGGUCCACCUUAGCGAACUCGACAACGCACAGUGGCGGAUCCCCAUUGCCGCCAACUUCAUCUACUCUGGCCUAGCGCUGGUGGGCACCUUUUUCAUCAAAGAGUCGCCGCGCUGGCUGGCCAAGAAAGGACGCGACACGGAGGCGGCUGCCGUCCUCUCGUGGUACCGUAACAUGGAUGUCUCGCACCCUUUUGUCCGUGACGAGCUCGAGGGUAUUUACGAUCAAAACCGCAUCGAACGGGAGGCAAAAGCCGGCAAGUCGGCUUUUUACCUGGUCAGGGAGUUGUUCGGACGAGCGGACAACUUGUACCGCCUCCUCGCCGUCGGUAUCGGAGUCCAAAUUCUCGGCCAAUGGAGCGGAGGCGGAAGCUUGACCAUCUACGCGCCAAAGAUAUUCAAGCUUGUGGGCGUGAAGGAAAAUACAAAGCUCUACACCACGGCCAUCUUUGGAAUCGUUAAGCUCAUCGCGUCAGCUGUAUGCGCCUUUUUCCUCAUCGACAUGCUCGGCCGCAAACGCUCCGUCUUCAUUGGCAUCAGCCUCCAGACGCUCGCCGCCCUGUACCUCACCGUGUACUUGUCUCAGACAGAUCCUGGACACGAAACAAAGCUCAAGUCGGCCAACGAAGAGCGUGCCUCUUUUGGCGCCAUUGUCAUGGUUUUCAUCGCAGGUUGUGGCUGGGCGCUCGGCCUGAAUAGCAUCCAGUAUCUUAUCGGCACAGAGAUUUGGCCUGUUUCGCUGCGAGCCAUCGCGACGAGUAUCAUCAUGGCUUUCCACUUUGCUAAUCAGUACGGCUCGUCGAGGGCGACCCAGCUGAUGAUCGAAGCACUCGACCGUUGGGGACUUUUUGCGUUCUGGACCGUCACUUCUUCGUUGAGCAUCCUUUACAUUCUCUUCUUCAUUCCCGAGACCUCAGGCAGGAGCUUGGAAGACAUGGACGCUCUAUUCCAAAGGCCGUGGUACAGAAUUGGGAUCAUGUCUUCCAGAGUCAUCUCUGGCCAUGUGUCUGAUUCGAGGAAAAUCGAUGACGAGGACCCAAAAAUCGUCCACGAGUUGCAAAGAGAUGGUGCAACUGCAAAUGCUCUCGACGACAAAGAGGAAAGUGCAGAGGCGAAGAGAGAAGCGGAUUGCCGUCUCCGGAUGACAUUGUCCGAUGUGUAGCUAGCUAGCAAGCUACCUGUCUGUAUCCAAUUAAAUUGAAGCCAAAUAAGCAUCGGGUGUGCAUGCCGUUCCUCUAAUCUACCCCAUAUGCGAUCGCGAAUGCAGGUGUCCUCCUC